UGUAAUGAGAUAAAAAUCUUAGUUAAUAUAGUAGUACCUUUUAGUUUCGCAAUUAAUAUUUGAAAAUGUCUGAGAAGCAGAGAACUAGUCCAAUCAAAAAUUUUUUGGCCGGUGGAGUUGGUGGAGCAUGUUGUGUAGCAACAGGGCAUCCUUUGGACACUAUAAAAGUGCGACUGCAAACAAUGCCAAAACCAGCACCGGGUGCACUUCCUUUGUAUAGUGGAACCUUUGAUUGUGCCAAGAAAACUAUAAUAAAAGAGGGUUUUCUAGGACUUUACAAAGGAAUGGCUGCUCCAUUAACUGGUGUAACUCCAAUGUUUGCUGUUUGUUUUUUUGGCUUUGGAGUUGGGAAAAGGCUUCAACAAAAGCAUCCGGAGGAAGAAUUAAGUUUAAUCCAGUUGUUUAACGCUGGUAUGCUUUCUGGAAUUUUUACAACAACUAUUAUGACACCUGGUGAAAGAAUCAAGUGCCUUUUACAGGUUCAACAAGCUACCGUUUCAAGUCACGAAGCAAAGUAUGCUGGUCCAAUUGACUGUGCCAAAAAAUUAUAUAAAGAAGGAGGAAUAAGAAGUAUUUAUAAAGGAACUGCUGCCACUUUACUUAGAGAUGUACCUGCCAGUGGAAUGUAUUUCAUGUCGUAUGAAUGGUUACAGAGGGUGUUAACGCCAGCUGGAAAAGAUCGAAGUGAAAUCAGUGUAUGGAGAACUCUUUUUGCUGGUGGAAUGGCUGGUAUUUUCAACUGGAGUGUUGCUAUACCAGCAGAUGUUUUGAAAUCUCGUUUACAGACAGCGCCUGAAGGCACUUACCCGAACGGCAUUAGAGAUGUAUUUAAGCACACUAUGAAAGAAGAAGGUAUAAGAGCACUGUACAAGGGGGCUACACCUGUGAUGCUAAGAGCUUUUCCUGCAAAUGCUGCUUGCUUCAUGGGAUAUGAAGUCACAAUGAAGUUUCUGAAUUGGACCGCUCCUAAUCUUUAACGUAACCCCAAGAUUAGAGAUAAAUAAAUGGUGAUGCUUCUUAAGUGCAAACAUUGUGCAUAGUGCCUUCUUUACAAAAAUAUAGAAAUGUAUAUAUUUUUGCACUUAUUUAGUUUAAACAUUUUAUAAGAUUUUAAUGACUUGUUUUAAUAAUGAUAUGAUAAGAAAUAGGAUAAAUUAUGUUAAAUCUGAAAUGUAUUAUUUAAUUUCAUUGAAAUACACUGUGUAGCUUUUUACGCAAGGUAUUGGUUUUGGGCCAUUCCACGAAAAAGUCAACCGCUUAUCCCGCAUGUGA